AUGACAUCCCAACCAUCCACUUCGAAUCCAAUGUAUUACGAUCAGUUGUAUGGAUCGGAGCAAAUGGUUCAGUACACACCAAUUGACUAUCAGUCCAAUUUGCUGUGUGGAAUGCAGUAUUUUAACAAUUCGCAUAAUCGAUAUCAGUUCCCCGUCCCAAUCCCCCAACCAUCUCUCUAUACCCCUCAUCAUGCUCCCAACCUCCACAACAUGCACCAAACGAGUAGUAUGGAUGAGUCACCUCCAUUUAAUGGAUUCAUUGGAUCAAUGAUUCUUCCCUCUCAACAACAACCUCCUCAACAACCACCUACUCAACUUCUCUACAACAACAACAAUCCAUGUGUCUUCACACCGCCCGGUCCGGCACCAAUUUCAACACCUACUGUAGCCUCCGCUCCACCACCACCUCAAUCUCAAAAACCACAGAAACCGAUUCAACAAUCUAUACAAGUAUCAAAUAAUCAAAAUCCAUCUCAUGGGCAGAAUGCCGGAGCAAUUAUCACAACGGCUAUGGACUCUUGCCAACAGAUUUCACAUGUUCUACAGUGUUACCAACAGGGUGGUGAGGACAGUGAAUUUGUGCGGAAAGCCAUCGAAUCACUGGUGAAAAAGUUGAAAGAUAAACGAAUUGAGUUGGAUUCGUUGAUUACGGCAGUUACGUCAAACGGGAAACAGCCAACAGGAUGCGUUACAAUUCAGAGAUCCCUAGACGGACGUCUCCAGGUUGCUGGCCGAAAAGGUGUUCCCCAUGUCGUCUAUGCAAGAAUAUGGCGUUGGCCAAAAGUUAGCAAAAAUGAGCUUGUGAAACUAGUCCAAUGUCAGACAUCAAUUGAUCAUCCUGACAAUAUUUGUAUCAAUCCUUAUCACUACGAAAGAGUCGUUUCAAAUCGGAUAACCAGCGCAGAUCAUACACUUCAUGGUGGAGAUUUACCAUCGAAAAACGAGUAUAUGGGAGGAGAGCAGGGCAUGAUGGAAUCAAAUUAUGGAGAUUGGCCGAAUACUCCUCCUGAUAAUAAUUUCAAUGCCGGAUUCCCAAGCCAAAACGCUCAGCACACAUCACCUCUACUCAACCAACCAUUAGUAUCAGAAAUUCCAGUGGAUUUGGGUCAAAUAAUAGUGCCAACUCCUUCUCAACCAUUGGAUAACUGGUGUUCUAUUAUCUAUUAUGAGCUGGAUACACAAAUUGGAGAGACAUUUAAGGUCAGUGCUUUGGAUCAUGGAAAGAUCGUGGUCGAUGGUGGGAUGGAUCCACAUGGGGAGAAUGAAGGACGCUUUUGUCUCGGAGCACUUUCUAAUGUUCACAGGACGGAGGCUAGUGAGAAAGCAAGAAUCCACAUCGGCGGUGGAGUCGAACUAACCGCCCAUGCCGACGGAAACGUCUCCAUCACCUCGAACUGCAAAAUCUUUGUCCGUUCCGGAUACCUAGACUACACCCAAGGAUCUGAGUACAGCAGCAUAGCUCAUCGCUUCACAGCCAACGAACCCACAUUCACAGUAUUCGAUAUUCGAUGGGCGUACGCACAAAUGCUUCGACGCAGUGAAUCCAGUAACGAGGCAGUUCGAGCUCAAGCAGCAGCAGUUGCUGGAUAUGCACCGAUGUCCGUGAUGCCAGCAAUAAUGCCAGAUAGUGGAGUGGAUAGAAUGCGUCGUGAUUUCUGCACAAUUGCGAUUUCAUUCGUGAAAGCUUGGGGAGAUAUUUAUAACAGAAAGACUAUUAAGGAAACCCCAUGCUGGAUCGAAGUAACCCUUCAUCGCCCCCUUCAGCUACUCGAUCAACUUCUCAAAAAUAGUUCUCAAUUUGGAAGCUCCUAA